ACCAGAGCAGUGACAGUAGCAACCGCCGGAAUGGCAAAAGCAACAACAAUCAAAGAAGCCCUGGCCAGAUGGGAAGAGAAAACCGGUCAGAAGCCAUCCGAAGCCAAAGAAAUAAAGCUUUAUGCCCAGAUUCCCCCAAUAGAGAAGAUGGAUGCCUCCUUGUCUAUGCUUGGUAACUGCGAGAAGCUUUCACUAUCUACAAACUGCAUUGAAAAAAUUGCCAACCUGAAUGGCUUAAAAAACUUGAGGAUAUUGUCUUUAGGAAGAAACAACAUAAAGAACUUAAAUGGACUGGAGAAGCUAAGAGCUGACACAGACCAGAUACUUGGAGAUGCUAAGAGAUGAAGCCCAGAGUUUGCCCCUGAGAAGCUAAGAGAGGAUCUCCAAGAAGCUUAGAUGCACAGGAGGUAAAGAA